AUGACGGCCAAUCAAAUUUGGGGACACGAUCCGACCGGCCUCAGGAGAGUAAUCGAUGGGCGCCAAUACCGAGCAAUCAAUACCAGUGAGCCCUAUGGCCUAAAUAACUAUCGGGUUCUGCAAAGUUACAAGGAGCUUCUUAGCCUAUCGACCGACGCACCUGUAUAUUCGGAUCUUUCAGUUCUAUCCCUUAUCACGUAA